UGAUUUUACUGCGGGAUUGUGCUAUGGUGUUUCUCCAUGAGACACAGGAGGUGAAGGAGAAGACUGGAGAGGACGCUACUCUUCCCUGUCGGGGUCACAGAGGUGCUACCAUCACAGUGAUAAAGUGGAACAGACCUGACCUGAAGUCACAUGAAUAUGUCUUCUUCUUCGGAGACGGCCGCUCACAUGAAAACUACCAGCAUGAAUCUUAUCGUGGUCGAGUGAAGCUGAGAGAUCCAGAGAUGAAGGACGGAGACGCUUCUGUUAUUCUGAAGAACGUCAACAUCAACGACGCUGGAACAUAUGAGUGUCAGAUUAGAGAGGAAAAUGAUAAAGGCAAAUCUCAGGUGAGUGUGUAG